GGGGCUGGGUUUCUCUUAUAGUCAAGAAGAGGGGAAAAAAAAGAGUUUCAAGCAUGACGAGACAAAGACAUUGACUGAAACACUGACAAAUAAUGAUUUAAAAACUUUCACAACUCACCAUGGCUAUAAGGGAGCUCAAAGUUUGCCUUUUAGGGGACACUGGAGUUGGGAAAUCCAGUAUUGUUUGCCGGUUCGUUCAGGACCAUUUCGACCACAACAUUAGUCCAACAAUAGGAGCAUCAUUCCUGACCAAGACGGUGCCAUGUGGAAAUGAGCUACACAAAUUUCUGAUCUGGGAUACCGCCGGGCAGGAAAGGUUUCACUCAUUAGCUCCCAUGUACUAUCGAGGAUCAGCUGCUGCUGUCAUUGUCUAUGACAUAACCAAAUUGGACUCUUUCCAGACACUGAAGAAAUGGGUGAAGGAGCUGAAGGAACACGGUCCAGAGGAUAUUGUUGUAGCCAUAGCAGGAAACAAGAAUGAUUUAGGAGACAUCAGGGAAGUUCCUAUGAAGGAAGCUAAGGAGUUUGCUGAAUCAAUUGCAGCUAUUUUCAUCGAGACUAGCGCCAGAAAUGCUGUCAAUGUUGAGGAGCUGUUUCAGAAAAUCAGUAAACAGAUUCCGCCCCUGGAAAAUCCUGAGGUGGACAGCAACGAGUCCUUUAAACUCACCCGGCAGCCCACUUUGUCCACCAGGAGAUGCUGCUAGUAGCAACAAUGGCAGACGAGAUGACUUCCUUCGGCACCAGGGACCCCACCAGCACAGCACAUUGUCCACAAGGCACACAAUGUCUUACUCCAGGGAAAGACUAAACAGUGGACAGACAGGCGUCAGCUUGCACAUGUGGUCACCUGCAACAUGAAACAGAAAACCUGCCAACAGUAUUAUAUGGGUCAGUGGAUGUUUACUUCAUUUAAUUGUAGCAGUUUCAAGUCUGAUGAGGUUAGGAAGCAGAAAGCCUUAAGUUUGUCCCCCUCAGGUGGUGUUUGUCCUGAAUUACAAUAAGAUUUCUGUUUGUGUGGUGUGAUACACAGCUCAUUACAAAAAAAGGCAGGUUUAUCCCACUAUCUAUAAUAACUUUAAAAUUAAGCACAAGUGAAUUCUAAAUCACAUCUGGCUGAUGUGCUUGUUUGUAGAUGCAACUACAUUUUCAUUUCAAGAGUCAACUGCUCUGUGGAUUUUCAAUGCACUGCGGCUCCUCAAUGGCACACGAUAAAAGAAUUGUUUUAAAUAGAAUUUUUUAUCAAGACUACACGUUUCCUUCUCGUGGAACAUUUGUGCUCAUGUAUGUGUCAGUCUCGUAUAGAAUAUCUUUAGAAUAUUUUGAAUAAGAUCAAGUCUUAGAAGAGCAUUCAGUUGUAUGGCUCAAAUGCAGCGGCUUUACAUUCCACUUUGUCAUGUGUUUUCACACACAUUUGCUGUAUAAGGGUUUAACUGUAAUACUGCAGAAGGAACAGCUUAAAGGCCUAAAUUAUAAUUACAGUAUGACACCCCUUGUUGAAACACUGUGACCAAUACGAGUAUUGUUUACAUAGUGAUUUGUUAAAGAUGUUUUUUUACAUGCUGAAAUAUGUUUUCUGAGACUUCACUACAGGGAAUGACUGUAUACAACUGCCAAACAUAAUAAGUAUUUUUACCUGAUAAAGGGUUACAUUUAUAAUGUUAGAAGGAGAAAAGACCUGCAUGUAUUUUACUCUAAACAUCUCUAAAGUUUCGAAAAGGUUGUGUUGUACAUACUAACCAAACUCUAAAAGACCUAUGGGAAUAAAGGCCUGAAAUCUGGCUUGCAAAAGUGGAAAAAAUGGUAACAGUGAAGAUAGUCCUUAGCCCAGUUGUGUAAAAUGAGAUUAUGUAUUGUGUUUGUUGUUGUUUCUUUAGCAGUAGUGCCCUCAGAUUUGACCACUUAAGGACUUCAUCAGAGCACUUUUGCAUACAUUGACCACAGUAUUAGUUAGGAGUGACUUUUAAAUGUUGAAACAGUCACAGUACUCUGUUCCUAUGUUAACAGUAUUCUUGUUCCAUAUUUCCAUAGCUUAAAAAAACCAUGUUUACAUUCGUACUUUGAAAGUUAAAAAUGUUAAAUUUUAUCCACCUCUAUGUGUUAAUGAAGCUUACUUUAUAAUGCAGUUAUAGUCUCAUUUUGCCAAUAGGUACUGUUCUCUGUGUGGAAAGUCACACCAAACUCCAUUCAAAAAUCUACCAGUCAUUGUGGCUUUGCUUACUGAGAAAAAAAUGCAGUACAUUCUUCCCAGAAUGUGACGUGACCUGACUUUUUUUUUUAAAUUCUGAGGUUUCCUUGGGUAAAUGUGUCUCACAUAUAACCCACCAUGGAUUGUUUACUACAAGCAAAUUUCAACCUUAUGAUUACAAUCUUCCACCAAAAUGUGAGGCAGUGACUCACUGAAACUGAAUUAUGAGUUACGUUUUUGGCCAGAUGUACAGUAUAUCAAAUUUUACCAGCAAAUUGAGAAAAACAUCAUUAAAUUGAUUUUUCAAUGCAGGCUGGAAUGACAUUACCUCCAUAAAAGAGACAAUGAUAUAUUGAGAGAAGAAAUUUUAUUUCAAACAAGUAAUAUGUCUCGCCACACAAGUGCCUUUUAAAAUUUUUUUUAAUUUUUUCAAACAAAUGUAUGACAUGGCUAAAAAGUGCAUACUGCUAGAAUAAUGCAUGAAUUAUUAGUCUAAAUUUGUACAGACUAACUGUACGUGUAACAGUCAACUUUGAAACUACCAGUUACCUGCAGCAAUCCUUAUACUGUAUGCCUUAGUCAUGCUUCCCUGUAUUCUUUGUAAACCAGAUUAACUUUUGUAUAUUAAUCAAUGUAAUAAAGUAGUAAUU